UUAUAGUUGAUGUAUUUGAGAUAGACAUAGCCAUGACUUUCAUGAAAUGGAUUUGCAGAUUAGUGUUUGUUUGUUAUAUUUGGAUCAUUAAGUUGGAGUUUAGCGCCAUUGCUGAUGCAUUGAGGUAUAUUAUGGGAAUUUCAGGGCCGAGUGGAUUUGGUUCCAACUCCACCGGGGAGCAUGUUACAGAGGGUGUCUCUCCUCUUCCUCAGCUAACAGCCAUUAUCACAGGGGCGACUUCAGGGAUCGGAGCGGAGACAGCGAGAGUGCUGGCGAAGAGAGGAGUGAGGUUGGUGAUACCAGCCAGGGAUUUGAAGAAGGCUAGAGAUGUUGAGGAGAGGAUAAAGAAGAAGAGCCCAAAGGCUGAUAUCAUUGUGAUGAAGAUGGACCUCUGUUCUUUUGCCUCCAUACAAAACUUUUGUUCUAAUUUUCUUAGCCUUGGUCUACCACUCAACAUCCUCAUAAAUAACGCCGGGAAGCUUUGUAGAAGUUUUGAGCUGACUGAAAAUAAGUUGGAGAUGACGGUUGCUACGAACUAUAUGGAUAUAUCAUUCAACACUACCAUUCUGUUAGUUUACAAGGUGAAUUCUCCAACCCUUUGUAUUUGUGCUCUAAAGUUCAUGCAUCUACCCUCUGAUGUGCGAAACAAGAGCUACGACGGGACACGCGCUUAUGCACUAUCGAAACUGGCCAACAUAAUGCAUGCGAAGGAAAUAGCAAGACAGCUUAAAGAAAGAAAAGUAAAUGUAACCAUAAAUUCGGUUCAUCCAGGGAUAGUAAAGACCGGGAUAAUUAGAGAUCAUAGAGGCUUGAUCACAGACCUGCUGUUCUUUCUGGCAUCAAAAUUUCUUAAAUCAACAGCACAGGGGGCAUCAACAACGUGCUACAUUGCCAUAAAUCCGCAGGUUAACGGAAUUAGUGGAAAAUAUUUUGCAGACUGCAAUGAAAGCUCCUGCUCUCCUUUAGCAGACGACGACUGGGAAGCAUUUAAUCUUUGGAUGAAAACUACUAUUUUGCUUCAUAAAUUUAUGUCUUAGUUGACUGGAGAACUUCAGAAAGAUAGCAAAUUUGUGGGGUUAAUUUGUAAGGAUGUAACCGAUUUAAAAGAAAGAAUGAAUUUAA